AUGUCAGAAAAGACACAAGAGCCCGUAAUUACCAGCGUGACAGACUUAGCAGUCCACGACGCGAAAUGGGUCGCCUUAAAAAAGGUCGACUACAUCGACCAGACAGGAAAGGAACGCACGUGGGAAGUCGCAGUACGGAAAACGAGGGGCAAGACAGGGGUAGAUGCCGUUGCGAUGGGCAAUAUACUCCUACACCCGUCUCGCCCGCCAUCCACACUAUUGGUGAUUCAGUACCGACCGCCCUUGGACUCAUACACUGUUGAGUGGCCUGCUGGGCUCAUCGAUCCUGGUGAGACAGCUGAGCAGGCCGCGGUCCGCGAGUUCAAGGAGGAGACUGGCUACGAGUGUCGCUUGAUUGACAUUAGUCCGGUGCAGGCAGCAGAUCCUGGUAUGACAAAUGCCACCAUGCAAAUGGCAUUGGUUGAGGUGCAGUUGAAGGAGGGCGACGAGGAGCCAGAGCAGCGCCUUGAGGAUGGAGAACACAUUCAACGGGUCAUUGUGCCUCUCAGCCAGUUCUACGAUCGCCUUGUCGAGUAUUCGAGGCAAGAGCGCAUGAUUGUUGCAGCGAAGUUGUUUCACUUUGCUGCCGGCAUGCACUUUGCCCAGACUCAAAAGUAUGUGUAA